GCAGGAGCCCCGGGCAGGAACGAGUAGUAGAGGCCGGGGCAGAGGGCGAGGGUGGAGGGCGCUGGCGUUGGCGGGCUGCAGAAGAUGAGCCACAGCUACUCAGGGCUGAGCAAGGUCCUGGUGGUCGUGGCUGCAGCCUUGGUUUCUUCCUCUUCUCCCUGCUCCCAGGCUUGGGGUCCCUCAGGGGUCCAGUAUGGACGGCUUGGCAAGUUGGUGAUGCUCUGUUGCCCUGGAGUGAAUGCUGGGACCCCAGUUUCCUGGUUUCGAGAUGGGGAGUCUGGGAUGCUACAGGGACCAAACUCUGGGCUAGGGAAUGAGCUGGUCCUGGCUGAGGCAAACAGCACUGAUGAGGGCACUUACAUCUGUCGGACACUGGAUGGUGCCCUUGGGGGCAUGGUGAACCUGAAGCUGGGCUACCCCCCAGCCCGUCCUGCGGUCUCCUGCCAAGCAGCUGCCUAUGAGAACUUCUCCUGUACUUGGAGAUCCAGCCAGGUCAGCGGUUUACCCACCCGCUACCUCACUUCUUACAGGAAGAAGAAUGGGCCAGAACCUACGGAUAGUCAGAGUGAGGGUUCAUCCACAGGGCCCUGGCCAUGCCCACAGGAACCCCCAGGGACCACCCGCUGUGUGGUUCAUGGAGCAGAAUUCUGGAGCAAGUAUCGGAUUAAUGUGACUGAGGUGAAUCCGCUGGGUGCCAGUACACGCCUGCUGGAUGUGAGCUUGCAAAGCAUCUUGCGUCCCGACCCACCCCAGGGACUGCGGGUGGAGUCAGUACCUGGCUACCCCCGACGCCUUCGUGCCAGUUGGACAUACCCUGCUUCCUGGCCUCGCCAGCCUCACUUCCUGCUUAAGUUCCGGCUGCAGUAUCAUCCAGCACAGCAUCCAGUCUGGUCCACGGUGGAAUCCACUGGCUUGGAGGAGGAGAUCACAGAUGCUGUGGCUGGGCUGUCUCACGCUGUGCGGGUCAGUGCCCGGGACUUUCUGGAUGCUGGUACCUGGAGCGCCUGGAGUCCAGAGGUCUGGGGAACUCCAAGCACUGGACCUCUAACAAAGAUGCCUGUUGAGGACCAGCUACCUAUGCAACCACGAGAGACAGAAGAUCAGGUAGACAGCCCUGCUCCUCCAAGGCCUUCCCUGCAGCCAGACCCACAGCCAUUUGAUAAGAGAGACCCAUUGGAGCAAGUGGCUGUGUUAGCAUCUUUGGGAAUUUUCUCUUUCUUGGGACUGGCUGCUGGGGCCUUGGCACUGGGACUCUGGCUGAGGCUGAGACGAAGUGGGAAGAAUGGAUCUCAAAAACCUGGGUUCUUGGCCCCGAUGAUUCCAGUGGACAAGCUUCCAGGUGCUUCAAACCUAUAGAGGACCCAGGAGAACUUCAUCUAAUUCUACCUGUAACUCUUGUCUGCUGACGUGUCUAGAUGGACAGAAUCAGGCAGGGCAGGAGAUCUCUAUAGAUGGGAUUCUCAGCUGGAAGAGCCAAUUUCUUUUAAAUCCUGUAUUCUAUACUUGCCAGCUGAUAGGUGUCUGGACCUCUGAUAUCAUCUCAGAGGUAAAGGAAUGUAUAUAGCUGUGUAUGUCGGUGUCCACAUGUGCCCAAGUCUAUGUGAGGCAGAGAACAUAUGUUCUCUGCGUAUUGUAUGUAUGUAGGUACCUGGAGACUAUGUAUAGGUCUUUGUUCUUGACCUUGGCCCUUGAGGUUGGGGGGAACUGUAAAGAUUAAAAAUAAAAAAGAGGGAGUUUUUAGAGGUCACACUUGGA